AUGAGGCUGAGCAAAGGUCGAUUACAAGAAUAUCAACUGGAGGAGGCGGGGACACUGGUCAGGAUAGCAUUUGUGUCCGGGACUAGUGGGAACAACAAUGGCAUUGACAGCCCUAAGAUCUUGCACAAAACACAAUUUUCGUGGUCUUCCAAGCUUCGGGAUAGCCAGCCAGAUCUGCCCACACUGGACGCCUCCCUGUUGUUGUUCCCCCCCCCUCAGGCGCACUAUGACAACGACAGCAAAACCUUCCUGCUCCUGGAUGAUGACCUGGACGAGGAAGAGACGAUUACAGAAGAGGAGGAGGAUGAUGACGAUGCCGACAUCACUGGGUUCAGUGUGGAGAAUGCUUAUCUCGAUGAGAAGGAGGAUGCCUGUGACGCUUUAGGAGAGAUCGCUGUCAACACUGGGGCUGCCUUCAUGCCUUUUAUGGAAAUGUGCUUUGAAGAAAUCUUCCGCAUUAAUGACUAUCCUCACGUCAAUGUCAGGAAGUCUGCUUACGAAGCAGUUGGCCAGUUCUGCUGUGCCCUUUACAAAGUUGCUCAGGAAAACCCAACUGACCAAAACUUGGAAGGUUUCCAGAAGUUGCUCGCCAUGGUGUUUCCGAACUACUUGAAAACCAUUCACGAGGAGAAGGACCGCCUCGUGGUCAUGACGAUUCUGGAGUCCAUGAACAACGUGUUGAAGAACUGCAAAGGGGACACGCUGAAGGAGCCAGGCCGCCUGGACGAGAUCUGCAAAGCCAUCCGCAACGUACUGCAGAAAAAGACAGCUUGCCAAGACCCGGAGAACGACGAGACCGAGUCGGAUGAAGAGCAGGAGGCUGAGUAUGACUCCAUGCUCCUGGAAUACGCCGGGGAAGGCAUCCCCCUUCUGGCUGCUGCCGUGGGAGGACAGAUCUUUGCCCCGUACUUUGCUGGCUUCCUCCCCCUGUUGCUGGGUAAAACGAAGCCCAGCUGCACGGUGGCUGAGAAAUCCUUUGCCAUUGGAUCGAUCGCAGAGACGGUGCAGGCCAUGGGGCCGGCGACGGUGCAGUUUGUUCCCCGGCUGCUGCCCAUGCUGCAGGCUGGGGCGCGGGACACCGACGACGAGGUGCGCAGCAAUUCGGUCUUCGGCAUUGGUGUUCUUGCCGAGCAAGGGAAAGAAGCCAUCUUCGACCACUAUCCGUCCCUUUUGAACAUUCUGUCGUCCAUCAUAGCCCGAGAGCAAAACCGGCGUGUGGUGGACAACGUCUGUGGGGCUGUGUCCCGGAUGAUGAUGACGAAUCUGCCUGGAGUCCCCGUGGAGCAGGUCUUUCCUGUGCUGGUACGGUCGCUUCCUCUGAAAGAGGAUAUCGAAGAAAACUUAACGGUGAUGAACUGCAUCACGUUCAUGUACAAGAACAAUCCCAAUCAGGUAAGGCACGCACUCAGUGCAUGCUCACACACAGGUAUCUGUGUGUGUGGGUCUAUAUAUAUACAGCAGGACACACUGUAAUAGGGAUACAGACUG